AUGAUUUUUCUUUUGUUUUUAUCAUCAAUAACCAAUUUGUCUUGUCUCAUAUUUAAUUUAAUGGAAUUACAAAAUACAUUACGAUCUUAUUUAAGUUCGUUUGAAACAUAUUCUUAUGUAAGAGAUAUAAAAUUAAGAGUGUUGUAUGGUGAUAAGUAUGAAUAUAGUUUCAAAUUAGGAUGCAUAUUAAAAUAGUUCAAUAAUGCUUGGCUGCAUUUCUUAUCGAUAAUGAUGAAUCGCCAAUUUUAAGACUCUUAGCUCUCAAAGUAACAAUCAAACCUUAAAUUUAUUUUUAGUUUAACAAGGAAUUGGCAGAAACAUUCAAUGAAGAUUAUAUACAUAUGAUGUAAAAAAUCGUUCUCCCAAAAAUGGAAUAGAUUGCAAUCUUCAAAAAAGAAUCACCGGAUAAUGACAGAGGAAAAUAUUUCUUUUUAGGAUAAUAGAAACCUCAUUAAGGUAUUUGUAGUACAAAAGUAGUUAAGGCAAUAAAGAAUUACAGGCAUUAGGUGAUCAAUUUUUUCGAGUGACAUUAGAAUGUAUUAGAAUUUGGGGUAGAUGGUUUCCUUUAGAUAAAUAACAUCAUCGCUUAAGUUUAUAUCGUGUUGCCUAUGAAAGAUUAUAUAAAAUCGGAGUUCGUUUUCCAGAAAUAUAAUACUUUGAUCUUCAUUAAGUUCAUACAAAUUUACCUUCUACAUUUCCUCCUCUUUCAAUGAUGUUACAAUUAAAAAGAGUUAUGAGUGUUCAUCUUCACUCUACAACUAAAGAAAUCUGUAGAUAUUUAGAAUCUCAUUUACCUGAAGAAUAUCAUUAAACAUAAUAUUCUUCAUUUGCUGAAUUAUUUUAGACUAUUGUCAAAAAACAUAUUCUUCACAAAAAUAAAUAAGCAAAAAUCGCAAGCCUAUUUUUAGAAAAAGAAUAAAUACAAACCCAACCUAAAAAAUAAGAUAAUCAUGAAGAAUGGACUUAACUUUAAAGACUAUAAAGUGAAAAUUAACAACUUGAAUUACUUAAUAAUUUGCAUCAAUAAAAAAUGUAAGAAUUAUAAAAAUCAAUUAUACAAACUUAAAAUCAAAAUACCCUUUUGUAAUUAUAAAUCAAAGAUAAAUAAUUAUUAAUUGAAAAAUAAGAAACUGAGUGGAAAAAUAUUGAAAAAAAAUUCUUGUCUUUGCUUGAAGAAUACAAAAAAACACAUUAAUCCAAAAAUCCUUACAUUCUUGCUUAAUUUGAAAAAAAUGUAAAAUUAUUUUAUAAAUUUUAGUUAGCAGAAUAUAAAAUUGAAUAUGGUCUUAGUUAUAAGGAGGUUGAUUGUUUUAAGUUAAGAGCAGAGAAUGAAUAUCUUAUAAAACAAUUAGAUGAACAACAAGACUUAUAUAAUUCAAUUAAACAUGAAAAAGAGGUCUUACUUACAGAAAAUAGAUUAUUGAUGAAAAAAUUAUCCAAUUUAACUUAAAAAUAAACUUAAGUAGAUAAAAUAGAACAAGAGCUUCCAUAAAAUAUUGAAGAGUUCAAAUUUUAUAAACAAAAAUCAAAUUUAGUUUAAUAUGAAUAAAUUAUGAUUUGUUAAAAGAGAUAAAUAACAUAAUUAAAAGAUUAACUUUUAUAAAUGAAUGAUAAAAAAAACAGUGUUACAAGUUAAACUUGGGGAAUUAGUACAAAAUCUAAUUCAAGAAGAAAUAUCAAUGAAUUAUAAGCUUGCAAUCUUUAAUCAUCAAAAUAAUCUGAAAUUCAGAAAAGUCCUUAUAGAUAAUCUAAAAUUAUCAUGCCUCCUAUUUUAGAUUAUGAUGCAACAAUAUUUGCUAUUAAUCCUAAUUGUUUUAAUACUAGAUUUCGAUAAGCGUGUUUUACCUAAAAAUCUAUUAUUUAUUAAGAUGAUAAUAUAUAAAUUAAUACAAAUACCUUAAUAAAAAUAACAACGUUAAUUGUAAUUCUUACAAUACAAAAUAAAUCGACAAUAAAAUUAAAAGAUUUAAAUUUAAUAUUGCAAAAUACAAAUUAAUUGUAGGUUGAAAAAAUAAAUGACUUGAAAAAUGUAAUGAAUCCUGAUGAGAGUUAAACAAUAUAAAUUCAAAUUGAAAUUCAUGAAAUACCAUAUUCUAUUUUAGAAGCUUAACUCACAUAUAUGGAUAAAAUUAUAUAAUUUGCUAUUCCUUGUACAAUUAAUAAAUUUUUGACAUUCAAUUCUUAUUAGAAAUUACCAACAUCUUAUUUCUAUUAAAGCAAACCUUUUCUAACUGGGUUCUAGAAUUCGAUUCCUAAUCUUUUACCUGAAUUUUAGAUAUUAAAUCGAUCUGAGAAUGAAAUAAAUUUAUCAGUAUUGGCAGAAUAUAAUAAUGAAGAAUAUGAUAUAAUGAUUUCUUGUAAAAAAUCUAUGAUGUAAAUAAAAAUGAAUGGUGGCUAAAAUGAUAAACUUGUUAAAACAAUAAUAUCUACAUACUAAGGCUUAUUUUUGAAAAGGUGA